UCCUGCUUCCCUCACGUCUACUUGUGGCGUGAGAUUAUUGACAUUCUGAAGCACGGAGGAAAAACAAACGAGAUGAACAGUGAAAACUUCACCAUCAGUGAGAGGAUCGUGUCGCCCUCCUACAUCCGGCAGGGCUCUCAGGCCCGCCGCAGCCAUGAGCAGCUCAUCAGACACUUACUGGAGCAGGGAAAGUGUCCUGAAGAAGGGUGGAGUGAGAGCACCGUCGAACUCUUCCUGAACGAACUGGCUGUGAUGGACAGCAACAACUAUCUCGGCAACUGCGGCGUGGGCGAGAGGGAAGGCCGCGUGGCCUCCAGUCUGGUGGCCAGAAGACAUUAUAGGUUGAUCCACGGCAUCGGCCGAUCAGGCGACAUCGCCGCGAUCCAGCCCAAAGCCGCAGGAUCGAGUCUGCUCAACAAGCUGACCAACUCAGUUGUGCUGGACGUCUUAAAGCUCGCAGGCGUCCGCAGCGUGGCGAGCUGCUUCGUGGUUCCCAUGGCCACGGGAAUGAGCCUGACGCUCUGCUUCCUGACCCUCCGUCACAGGAGACCCAAGGCUCGCUACAUCAUCUGGCCUCGCAUCGACCAGAAGUCCUGUUUCAAGUCCAUGAUCACAGCAGGAUUCGAACCGGUCGUCGUGGAGAACGUUCUGGAGGGCGAUGAGCUGCGGACGGACCUGGAAGCAGUAAAACGCAAGAUCGAGGAGCUCGGGGCCGAGAACGUCCUGUGCGUCCAUUCAACCACGUCCUGCUUCGCCCCACGAGUCCCCGACAGACUGGAGGAGUUGGCUGCUCUCUGUGCUGAAACUGACAUUCCCCACAUAGUCAACAACGCGUACGGAGUACAGUCAUCCAAAUGCAUGCACCUUAUCCAGCAGGGAGCUCGCGUGGGCCGCAUCGACGCCUUCGUGCAGAGCUUGGACAAGAACUUCAUGGUUCCAGUAGGUGGCGCCAUCAUCGCAGGCUUCGACGAGGCCUUCAUACAGGAGAUCAGCAAGAUGUACCCCGGGCGUGCGUCGGCCUCGCCUUCCCUCGAUGUGCUCAUCACCCUCCUCACUCUGGGAGCCAGCGGCUACAAGAAAUACCUGUCAGAAAGAAAGGAGAUUUAUUCGUUCCUGGCUCAGGAGCUGAAAACUCUGGCCUCCACACACGGGGAGAGAUUGCUCCACACCCCGCAUAACCCCAUUUCACUGGCCAUGUCUCUAGAUGGUCUCCAGGCCGGAAGCGACAAGGCGGUCACUCAGCUGGGCUCCAUGCUGUUCACCAGACAAGUAUCAGGAGCCAGAGUAAUUCCACUGGGUAAAGAGCAAACCAUAGGCAGCCACACUUUCCGCGGGUUCAUGUCGCACUCCGAGUCGUAUCCCUGUCCUUACCUCAACGCCGCCUCUGCCGUGGGCAUCACCCGGGAAGAUGUGACGACCUGCAUGAAGAGGCUCGACAAGUGCCUGAAGACGCUCAAGAAAGACAGAGGUGCAACAGACGGUAGUUCUACCAUACCUGCUGGGAAUGACUCUGCAGAAAUAUGAAGGAACUAAACAGACUUUCUGCACCACUUCCCUGAACCACUAAGAAACAAAAACACUGUUUUAGCUAAAACUGUAAAUGCAUUGCUGUUUCAAAAGUUUUACUUUAAGUUUUGCUCAGAAUAAAUUAUAAAUUCAUCAUUGGAA